UUUUGCUUUCGAUUCUUUUUGCUCGCUUGCUCACUCAGCGGACAAUGUCAUCGUCCCCUGCAGUACUACUGUGACCGGGGCUGGAAUACUCUGUUCGGCCGGCGACUUUGGACGGAUGUAUCAUGUCGCCUUCCGAUCCUCUGAUGGGGUGGACCGAGGGGCGCGUUGGGCCAAGUAUCGGACUCUCUAGCCAUUUAUCGGCCUUUGCUGGAGGGUGUCUCGAACAGACGGAAACGAUUUGGCCCGGCCACGUCGUUUCUGGUUGCCGACUCUAGAGCCGAAUGCUAACAGCAAGAUCUGUCAUUCCACCAGGGCCCGUUCCGUGUCCGGGAUCUUUUUUGGAGAGAUGUUUCUCCUGGCGAUCAGCAACAAGAGGCUCUGCGAAACCUUGAGACUCUGCUGGUGGGAGGCUCCGAGUGGUCCAGUCUGCCGCACAACCACCUCGGCGGCCCAUUCAUUGUCAGGGCGCUGCCAGCCGUCUUCCGGCGGGAGGGUGUGAGAGGGGAGCGUGGCGACGCAUCCUAUCAUCACCAGUCAGUCUGUCUACCUAUCUCAACAUGUGGCCGCUUAUUUGAAAGCACAGAGCCAUCCUGGUGAACCAGGUCCCGUCCCUUUUGCCACGCUAAAUCCCACCCAAUUGGGCAUGGUCUGGAAAAGCCAGAGGCGGACGAGUUCUGGGAACAAGCCCCUCAUCGUAUGUCGCCUUCAUUGGCGACUGGCAAUCUGCAGUGCGCCCGUUUGACGCCGUCCGAGUCGGCGUGCUUUCGGCCGCUUGCCAUUGUACUUUGGGUCAUCCCGGAAGCGGCUUUUACACCCCAACAAGAGUGUCGUGGGCGGGCUGACCUGUCUGGCUGGCCGGCCGGCCUUGGCUUGGCCAUGCUUUUUAUUUUUGUUUUUAUUUUCUCAACUCCUUGGUUGCCUUUCGUCUCUCUCAUGCGCGCAUGCAGGCUGGCGCGCUCUGACGUCUCUCCGUACCUAACGUACCCAUGCUCCGGAGGAGACGGGGGCAGGGGGGUGAGCAAAACCAUCUACUUCACUCUAUAGGGCGUCAUCGUGGAGGAGCCGGAUGACUGGCUUAGCCCUCUUUUUCUCUCUCCUUCUUCUCUGCCUUUCUUUCUUUUCUUUCGCCGCUACCGCUCCUGGGUCGAGAGUUUAGCGUCGUCUUGCGUGGGUGUGGGUAUUGACUUCUAUUAAAGCUGCACACUUUCCCGUUGAAACUCGCUCAUGACAACUCUGACCACCCAGCCAGCACUCCAACCUUAAUAGCCACGACGUAUUAUAAAGAGUUCCCACACAUUGUGCCUCACUUAGAUCACCUACACAACCAAACCGCACACAUACACACUCUCAGACUCUCUUCCACACACCGUCAAAAAUGCCUAUCCCCAUUACACCCGCCACGGUCAAGGCUGCUGCCGAGUCAGGCCUGUCUUCUGUUACCGAGAACAAAAAGCGCAAGAUCAUCUGCUUCUCAGACUUUGAUGGUACAAUCUUCAUGCAAGACACCGGUCACAUCCUUUUUGACAACCACGGCUGCGGAUCCAAGCAGCGCGAGAUCCUCGAUGAGCAGAUCAAGACGGGCGAGCGGUCCUUCCGUGAGGUCUCGGAGGAGAUGUGGGGCUCCCUUAACGUGCCCUUUGACGACGGCUUCGAGGUCAUGGAGAAGACGCUCGAGAUCGACCCGGCCUUCCAGGAGUUCCACAAGUUCUGCAUCGACAACGACAUCCCCUUCAACGUCAUCUCGGCCGGCCUGAAGCCCAUCCUCCGCCGCGUGCUUGACACCUUCCUCGGCGAGGACGCCUCGUCCCACAUCGACAUCGUCGCCAACGAGGCCGAGAUCACGGACGAUGGGUCCGCCUGGAAGCCCAUCUGGCGCCACGACAACGAGCUCGGCCACGACAAGGCCCUCUCCAUGGGCGAGGCCCGCGAGGAGGCCGAGAUGGCCUGUGAGGAUGGCACGAUCCCGCUCAUCGUCUUCAUCGGCGACGGCGUCUCGGACCUGCCCGCCGCCCGCCAGGCCGACGUGCUCUUCGCCCGCCGCGGCCUGCGCCUCGAGGAGUACUGCGUCGAGAACAGCAUCAAGUACAUCCCCUUUGACACCUUUGCCGACAUCCAGAACGAGAUCCGUCGUAUCCGCGACGAGGACGAGAAGAAGACUGGCGGCAAGGGUAUGCCGGCCGCCUUCAACCCGCGCGCCAACAUGUGGCGCCGCGUGUCGAGCAAGAGCGCCAUCCCGAGGAUGGUUGCCAUCACCCCGGCCGAGGAGAAGAUGUUCCUCUGGCCCGACGUCUUCAGCGUCGCCUCGCCCAGCAUCGAGAAGGCCAACGUCGCCCCCGUCUUUGCUUAAGUGUCGUCGUGCAUGGCUUUCGUUUCGUGUUUUCU